GCAUCAAUUAUCAAAGAUCAGCAACAUCGCCACCACCGCCCGCCUCAGUAUUAUUCCUUAUCAUAAUUAUACAGCCCUUAAUUUCUCACCGCAUCGCAGCCGCCAUGUGUUCCCGACCAAUUCAAAAGACAGGUGCUUUGUCCACCGUUUCUCUUCACCCUACAAUCGUGCAACACCUAGAAGCUACUCGGGACGCUGGGAAUGCUGUAAUGCAGCCUGAAGUGUCACUUCCGAUUCGAGAAGUUGUAUCCCAAUGGAUAUGCGUGCGCACUUCUAUACUCUCUUACUGUCUACAUGCCUGACUCCCGCUAGUGUAAUUGCUGCUGUGGCCCGAAUAGUCUCAUGUUCAGUCCGGACUGCCCAGAGUGUGGAACUCGUCGCUGUUCAAGCUGUACAUACUGUUAAUUCCCUGAAGAUCUAUGCGCAUAAAUAUGUCAACAGAUCAUAUUAAUAUGGCCGGUAUAAAUUCAUCCGCUUAUGCAUGGAACCAAGAGUUCUUCGACCGACAAAUUCAAAAGUAUCCAGCACAAAACAUACCUGCAGUCGCUACCUUCUCAAGCGUCCACGAUCUCAUCAAAAAGUUUCUUUCGGCAUCUGGUGAUAUGGAGGCGUUCCUUGGCCCCAGCACAUACCAAAUGUUGGAGCUUGAGCCUCUUUGCAAAUCUUGCAGUAUGGACGAUUUAGUAACCGGAACUGACCCUCGUGUGACUCGGCCCAUGGCUCUUCUGGAUGAUCGAUGUCGGCGAAUGCAUCAUUCUGAACCACCAGGAGGUCACAUGCGCCGUGACCGUGGGCCCUUAAGUUCCUCGCAACUAUUACAAGAACUGAAGAAGAAACGGUAUGGAUCCCUUGGUGAGACUGACGCUGCGAGGCGACUACUUUAUGUGGCUAAUCCAGACUGCUGUGUAAUUGUGGCGUUGGCCUCAACUGCGUCUAGCGUUCAGGCUACGUUUCUACCAGACUUCUUUUAUAAAUACCUGGGGUCCAGAACGUCACUAGGUAUUCAUCGACCGAUGCGGGGACCACUCAUCUUUGGACUCGAAUUCCAUCUUCAAUUCUACGUCUGGUGUGAAGGCGGCCCGCAGUUCCAUGACUCUAGGAAGAAACGUAACGGAAAGCCUCUUCGCCAAAGUCGCCAGCCAUACUACCUCAAAUUCGGCUAUGGAAAUGAGCCACAGGUUCAUAUCUAUGAAACUCAGGUCUCUUGUCUCAUAGCAGGCAUAGAUGAGGACUCCUGGGUUGCAUAUCAGUUCGUUGAUACUUACUAUCAAGGGACAAAACCACUUGCACAAGAUGAAGAGCAUGGCGUCAAGCCAGAUCCCUUGACAGGGGGGCUUUUUGAUGCGAACCUUCCUAUCUGGACUCCGAGAGAGUACUUCCUUAUUGUCUACGAGUGUCGGCUUAAACAAGUUAGGCAUGCUAUGCACAACCUGGUCGCAAGAUUGUUCUUAAGAUUAGAGCCAUAUACGCAGGAUGAAGGAGACAUGACAGCUUCUUUUGGUGAGGGUAUCAUGGGGACGAUGGCCCAGAAGAAGUUGACCCAACAAGUCCUCAACGAAGCAAACCGCUUUCUACCACAAACUAUUCACUCUAUCUGCAAGGCGAUUGAGGUUUGGGAUAGGUUCAGCGGAAGAGAUCUUGCCUACCUCUCGGACAUACUAAAGUCUGAUUCUAAGAAGAGCCCAAUCCCAUCGGUCAAGGUCGUUACCAUGAUUGAGGACCAUAUCGAUGCAUUGCGAGACCUCCAACGACGCGCAGAGGAACAGAGAGAUUUGUGUGCCGGGCUUGCCCGAAAGGUAUGUAAGGGGAGACGACGAGGGGAGGCGAAAACACGAGGAAAGGCUUACGGAAACAGCUGGAAAUGCAGAUUGUAGUAGAGGAUAAUGAAGUCACGGCCAGACAGCAAGCAGGGACUGAGAUGACGAGAUAUUGGACUGGCAUCGGCUUGGUCUUUCUGCCGCUCACGGCUGUUACUGGUAUAUUCAGUAUGCAAGCAGGCAUUUUGCCGGACUCGUUUUAUAAGUGGUGGAUUUUCAUUAUUUUUUGGAUUGUAAUCACGCUUCUCGUUAUUCUCGCUGUCGAGUUCAGAUCAUUACGAUCUUCGAUGCCAGCAUUACGCAACGAUUGUUCUCGUUGUAGAACUUCCUCUCCCUGGUCCCCUUUCCCAUCAAGACUCUCGCUGCUAUCGUCAUCGACGGAUUUCCCUGCUGAGAUCGAGCUCAUCCCAAGGUCCCCGGGUAGGACAGUUUAGAGUGGAGCUUACUGGGAUCCUGUAUUUUCCCCAGACAUCAUGAGAUAUUGUGACUCCGUUAAUAGUUCUUAUUGGUGCGGUAGUGUUUUUCCAGAAGCGAUACAUGGGCGAUCAACUUGACACGAUAUUUAGUGGAGUCCAGUGGGUGCUUGACUGGGUAAGCAUAUCAGGCCAAGCUCCAUACGGUAUUUCGGAGGCAGCAACUCCAUCAAUUGGAGCCAACUGCCAUUGGCCCGUACCGGCAAAAUAGAGUUUCAGAUGCUGAUCCCUGGUUUAGCCUAAUAAUACUUUCUGCCGUAACCUCAUGCCA